GUCCUCCCUUAGCUUGCGCCGCCCCGUGACUGGCCUGGUCCCGACUGAGGCAGAAGAUGGCGGACGGAGUGGACCAUAUUGACAUCUAUGCAGACGUGGGAGAGGAAUUUAACCAGGAAGCUGAAUAUGGAUCACAUGAACAGAUUGAACUAUAUGAAGAUGUCAUUUCACCUUCUGCUAAUAAUGGGGAUGCUCCUGAGGACCGAGACUACAUGGACACACUUUCAUCAUCUGAUGAUGUAAAGGGAUCAGCUCCCAAUGUUGUGUAUACAUAUACUGGGAAACGAAUUGCUCUAUACAUUGGAAACCUUACGUGGUGGACAACAGAUGAGGAUUUGACCGAUUCCGUUCAUUCUUUGGGAGUAAAUGAUAUUUUGGAAAUAAAAUUUUUUGAAAACCGGGCAAAUGGUCAAUCAAAGGGGUUUGCACUAAUAUGUGUUGGCUCUGAAUCUUCAUCUAAAAAGCUAAUGGAUCUGUUGCCUAAAAGAGAACUACAUGGACAAAGCCCAGUUGUUACACCAUGCAAUAAGCAGUUCCUUAGUCAGUUUGAAAUGCAGUCAAGGAAAACAGCUACACAGGCUGGCCAAAUGUCUGGAGAAGGGAAAGCUGGCCCCCCGGGUAUCAAUGCCCGUCUGCCAUUUCCUCCUGGUGGCAGAGGAAGGGGUCGCUUUCCCACUUCUGGUCCUGGGAGUGAGCGUUUUCCUGGACCUGCUGGGCCUGGAGGACCUCCACCACCUUUUACAGCUGGAAUAACUCCACCAAGACCCCCCAUGUGCCCACCAGGUCCUCCAGGACCGCCUGGCCCGCCACCACCUGGACAGCCAAUUCCUCCACCAUUAUCAGGACCGCCAAAUCGUGGUGAACGCCCACCACCACCAGUUAUGUUUCCUGGGCAACCAUAUGGUCAGCCCCCAUUGGUUCCACUGCCCCCUGGUCCUCCUCCCCCAGUUUAUGGUCCUCCUCCUGGUCCACCACCUCCACAGCAAGGUCCCCCGCCACCCCCUGGUCCAUUCCCUCCUCGCCCACCGGGUCCCCCAAUGGCACUUGGCCCUCCUCCCCAUUUACCAGGCCCACCCCCAGGUGGCCCACCACCAGCUCCUCAUGUCAAUCCCAACUUCUUUCCUCCUCCCGGUAAUCCUGGUAUGCCUUCAUCAGACAACCGUGGGCCUCCUCCAUCAGAUCCAUAUGGACGUCCGCCACCCUAUGAUAGAGAUUACGGGCCCCCAGGAAGACCUGUGUAUUGCAGAGACAUGGAUGCUGGCCGAACCCCAUUAAGUGAAGCAGAGUUUGAAGAAAUAAUGAAUAGGAACAGAGCAAUAUCGAGCAGCGCAAUUUCAAGAGCAGUCUCUGAUGCCAGUGCUGGUGACUAUGGAAGUGCGAUUGAGACGUUGGUUACAGCAAUUUCUUUAAUCAAACAGUCAAAAGUAUCUGCUGAUGACCGUUGCAAGGUUCUCAUAAGCUCUCUGCAGGACUGCUUGCAUGGAAUAGAAUCAAAGUCUUAUGGUUCUGGGUCUAGAAGGCGUGAACGUUCAAGGGAAAGGGACCACAGUAGGUCUAGAGAAAAAAGCAGGAGGCACAAAUCCCGUAGCAGAGAUCGCCAUGACGACUAUUAUCGGGAAAGAAGCCGGGAGCGGGAGAGACACCGUGAUCGGGAGCGGGACCGUGAUCGGGAGCGGGACAGAGAGAGGGAGUAUCGUCACCGUUAAAGCAGCUGAAAGAAGAGAAACACCAAGAAAUAUCAGAAGUCUAUAUCAACGAGAGGACACUUGGCCAUCAGUUUGCUUCUUAUGAUUCAACUUCUCAGAAUUCAUGGAUAACAUGAGCAGAGCUAGAUGUGAUUAAGCAAAUCUGCAAACAUGGUAACCAGUAGUUCUACUUUUUUUUAUUUUUUACAUGGCUUAAAUGUUUUAUUUGAAUGAAACCUGUGUGACUUAAACAUCAAUAGCUUUUUGCAUCUUUAACUGGUUAUACAAAACAUUGGACAACUUUUGAUGUGUAAACAAAUUGGAAAGUAAAUUUCUUUCUUGUUUUUAUAGUGGUUUGUUCUUGUUAAAAAAAAAUUCAUGUUCAGAUGUCUGUAAAUGGCACCACUUUGAUUACAAUAACUGUAGUGUUGUAAUAAAACUGUUUAAUGGGGCUGAUGUGUAAAUCUGUUCAAGUUAUUUGAUGUUUACACCUUAGGGAGAGUUUUGUUUUAGUAACUUUUAAUAUAUUUUACCAUUUAAACUGUUAUCCUAAAAUUUCAUAAAUGUACAGUAUUUGACAAGUUUGCUUUUUUUUUGCUUUUUCCAAAUGUUUCCUAUUUUUUAUAGGUUUCAUUCCUGACAGUUGGGAUUUUUUAACCGUUUUUUUAAAUUGUGGGUGGCAAGCUAUGCACAACAGGAAUUUUUUGAUUUAGAAAUUCUCAGUAAUGCAAACAAACCUGGUAGUGUUCAUUGAAUAUCACUAAAACCCAUCUAGUCAUUUUCUCCCCCCAGUUGUUUGUAGCUUAAAACUUUCACAAUGGUGUAUGGAGAGUUCUUUUCCUAUGCGAGAGAAAAUACGUUUUUGUUUUCACACACCAACUUUCCCCUGAUAAUGUUGAAAAGAACGCUCCUUACACAUUCCUGUACACGUGCCUGUAAACUGCAAAAAUGUACACUCCUCUUAUAUACAUAUUUUAUGCCAUUAUGUGCUCCUGCAAUUCAAUUGAAGUUUUUGUUUUUUAAAAGGGGCUAAAACCAGUACUGAAAUGUCUGUAACCAUUGGUGUAGCAAAUUUGUUCUGAACGCAAUUGUUUAGUUUACUUGAAAAAUGUUUGUAAGACCAAUUUAAGCAAUUUUACCAGUACUCAGUACAGUAAUUGAACUUUUCAGUGCUGUGAUAGCUGAGCUGACCUUAAACCAAUGUUCCUUACAUUAAUUUUCUUUCUGUGAAAGAUUUUAUGUAAAACAUGACCCCCUUUUUUUUUCUCUCUCUCUCUCUCUCUCUAAAUUUUACUUCUUGACAAAGUUCCCAAGUUUUCAAGACCUUUGGGUAGCUGUUAUUUACUCAAAAUGCUUGUUAAAUGUUUGUUCCAGCCUCAAGUGGUUGCUGAAUAUACGUUUUGCAACAGAAAUUCAUAAUGUAACUUUUGCAUCUCCAAACAAUGUACAAUAUGUUCUGGCACUGUAUAACUAUUUUGUAAAACAAGCCAAGGAGCUUAAUUGUUGUAUCUGUAUGGGACAUGUUUUACGCUUACAAUUUCACUGUCAGAUAAAUUCCUUUCUUUUCACUGCACCAGUUACUCAUUGAUUUAAAAAAAAUACAUUUGUAUAUGUGGCCGGCCAGUCAGUUAAGUAAAAUAGAGAGAGAAAAAAAAAACUACAGAUGUUAUACCCGUUUUGGUAUACAUGAUCUCUUGUUAAAGAACAUAGCAAAUGGUUUUGAAUUUCCAGGUAAGUAAUAUCAUGAUCCAAACACCACUUUAUUGUAUAGGUCACAUCACAUUAGUGCCAUUUAACAAUUGAUAUAUAUGUAAAUAAACUGAUUUUGUAGCAAACCGUUUGAGACAGUUGACUGUAUUGCUUGACAAGUAAUACAUUUUCCCUUUUUUUAUAACAUGAAUGACCUCAUUUUGGUGCAUGGGUUUGUUUUGAAUAUACCCUUUUGGUAUGUACAUAGGCCUUUUAGUUACCCAACAGCUGCCCUUGAAGAAUUUUGUAUGUUAUAAAUAGAAUGAGUGUACUUGAUUUAGCAGAUGUGAAUUAAGGCAGCAUAAUUUAGAAUUGAAGUGUAAUAUUUGGGUUAAUUAGCUGUGUAAAUACUUGCUUAUUUAUGGUGAUAACCACAUUUCAACAUUCAUGUUCAGUGUUAAUGUGGAAAGUAUCUUUGUUAAUAGCAACUCUUUUCUUAACUGUGAAGGUUGUAACUUGCAAGUGUUAACUAUCUUUUAAAGUGCUUAUUUGGUUUACAAGCAAUUUUGUAGGUAAGUUUUGGGUGUGGAGCAUAUUUUUAAUGCUUGUUUUUCCUAUGUUACUUUUGAUUUUAAAGUGUUCAUGUUUAAUAAUAAAAAUGCAGUAAAGAAAAAAACUAAUUCUUUGUGACUGGAAAUGUUUUAAAAAAAUGCAACAAAAGCUUGAACAUUUUUGGUACUUGUAUUAGCAAAUCAUUAAAUAGAACAAGUUAACCAAUUUAAAUAAAAAGAACCAUUGCUUGUUUUCAUUA